CUAGGACAGGCUGGCAAGAGCUGGAAAGGAAGAGCAUCUAGUCUUGGAUCAAGAAGAUGCUUCAAACGUGUGGAGACUAUCAUUGGCCGAUUCAAACUAAAGCACCAGCUCAUCUUUGACUCUACAUGCUUUCUUAUCCUUAUGAUUUCGAAACCCUAAUGUGUAUGGACCUAUAUAAGCUGUAAGCUCAUGAUUAAUAAGAUCAGACAGUUCUAAACAAAUCAAUCUCUAUAUACUUUUCACAAUGAUUCUCCAUUAGUCUCUUAAUCUCUCAAAUCUACUCUAAUCUCUUCUCUAUUCCUAUCUAAACUCAGAUUAUCUUUUACUUUACUCAAAUCUCACAAUAAUGACAGGAUAAGUUUUAUUAGGACCAAGGAAUGCAUACCUUACACCAUGGGAUAGAGGUUUAAGCUCCACUUUAGGUGCCUUAAGCUCACUCCAGUCAUUCUGCUGGGUGUCAUCUUGCUGAGUGGCUGAGACUUCUUGGUGAACCAUCUGUGGAAACUCCUCGUACUGAUCCUUACUGACAAUUGCACCCAAAUGUCUCCAAGAACUCCAUGUGGUACUCCAAUACCUGAUAAGGACUCAUGUAUGCAAAAUGCAACCUAAACAUGACUAAAUCCUAAUCUAUAUGAUCAAAAUGCACAUGGGUGAAUGGAUAAAACAUUAGAAAUAUGCAAGAUAUCAGAAGCUCUCCCCGAAACACUUGGAUUGACGGAUGGUUCGUACGACAUCUUCGAUGGACGGGCUCUCUUCACAGAACAGACGACCACAACGAACAGCUCUGCCUACGGUACUCUGGAACUUCCAAUAAGCUUAGCAUCGAACAUGAGAGGUCCAACGGUGCUGUUUGUAGAACAACAUGAGAGGUCCAAUGUGACAAAAAUGUAAUUACUCUAGUAAGAUAUAAGAUUUUAAUUAAAAGCUCUGAAAAGCCUUGGGAAGAUGAGACAUCAGCACCUAUUACACAGUUAUAACUUAAAAAUGUUUCUCCUAGGGGAUUAGAGCUGACAUUGUUUUUUUUUUUUUUGUAACAUGGCUUAGAUGACAUUGUUUUGUUUUAUUUCUUUUAACUUUAGCUUUACAUGUCUGUAAUAUAAUAAAAAAAGAUCUGUACGAUUAUGUUUUAAGAAAAAAUAAGAUUUUUACUAACGAGAAUUGUACUUUUUAUUGUUUCCAGAUGUCGAUACAUAUCUUUAUUAAGAUUUUUACAGGCAAGACCUUAACUCUUGAGGUCGAAAGCUCGGACACCACUUGCAAAGUCAAAGAAAAGAUACAAGAUAAGGAAGGAAUCCCUACAUACCAGCAGAUGCUUGUCUUUGAGGAAGAGAUGGUUGAGGAUUGCAGUCCCUUGGCUAUUUACAAUAUCCAAAAAAAUUCAACCCUCCACAUGAUUCUCAGGUUUACAGGUAUGAGAAUCUUCGUAAAUAUUUUUGAAGGCAAUGCCAUAAUGCUUGAGGUCAAAAGCUCAGACACCAUUGACAACGUCAAGACAAAGAUACGAGAUAAGGAAGGUAUCCCCAACUACCAGCAGAUGCUUAUUUUUGCCGGGAAUAGCCUUGAGAAUGACCGUACGUUGGCUAGUUACAAUAUCCAGAAAGAGUCAUCUCUCCACUUGAUUCUCAGAUGUAGAAUGCGAAUCUUCGUAAAUAUGUUUGACAAGACCAGAAUAACCCUUAAGGUCAAAAGCUCAGACACCAUUGGCAACCUCAAGGCAAAGAUACAAGAUAAGGAAGGAAUUCCUAUCGAAAAGCAGAGAUUGGUCUUUGCCGGACGUAUUACGAAUGAUGACUAUACCUUGGCUGAUUACUAUAUCGGAAGGGAGAAUACUCUUCACAUGGUUCUCAUGUUGGGAGGAAUUAUGAAAAUCUUUGUUAAGACUUCUACAGGCAAAACCAUAGCCCUUGAGGUCGAAAGCUUAGACACAAUUGACAUGGUCAAGGCCAAGAUCCAAGAUAGAGAGGGAAUCCCUCCGCACCAGCAGAUGCUGUUUUUUGCCGGUAAACAGCUCGAGGAUGGCCGUUUGGUGGAUAACAGGAUCUGGAACGAAUCAGUCCUACACGUCCAGUGUGUAAGUGGUGGAAUGCAAAUAUUUGUGAAAACACUCUAUGAUAAAGUCCUUACCUUAGAAGUUAAGAGCUCAGACACCGUUUACAGUGUAAAGACAAAGAUUCAAGACAUGGAAGGAAUCGCACCAGACCACCAGAUACUCAUAUUUGCUUGUAGACAACUGGAGGAUGGUUACAGGCUUGCAGAUUAUAACAUCCAAAAGGAGUCAACACUUCACCUUGCGCGUAUUUUUCACAUAAAAUAGACUUUAAUCUAUUCGUUUUUUUUCUUUGUUUUUAACUUUUUAUAUUGGAUUUUUUCUUUCUUACGGGCACGAAUUCUAAUUUGUUUUUUACUGAUCUGAUGAUCACCUAAUUAAGAAUGAUUAAAACACAAAAUAGAAAAACCGAGAUACCCCUUGGUAAGGAAUCAGCCUCGUGAUAUGAGGGAGCCUAAAACUCCGGCGAUAAGGGCGAUUGGAUUGCCAAGCAUGGCGGAGGUGACAAACAACACGGCCAUUCCUUGACUCUGCGUUUACUGUUAGGACUCAAACUAUAUCAACUCUUAAUAUCUAUUCUAUUAAAACAACAACCAGUUGAUAAAAUGCUAUGUCCAAUUUAUAAUUUCAACAAUACAUAUUUUUUAAUAUAACUGCAACUAAAUAUAUAUAUUUUUCAUGUAAUCUAUUCUAUUAAAACAAUAACAUGAACAGUUGAUAAAAAAAGUUAUGUCCAACUUAUAAUUUCAACAAUACAUACAUUUUUAAUAUAACUGCGACUAAAUAUAUAUAUUUUUUAUGUAACCACCACUUAGAUUGCCUAAUAAUCGGCAACCACUUUUUGUAACUGCAUCCAUAUAUCUAAAAAAAAAUUAUGUAACCACCACUGCUUUUAUUGUUCAAAACAUAAUGUUAAUUAUAGGGUUAAUUUUGUAUUUAUAAAAGCUAAGGUAUAUUGGGACAAAAGCAAUGGAUUUAAAGGUUUAAGGGGAAGAAUCCUUUUUCAAUAUGGUUCAAUUGGCCAUUUUUUCAAAUUUAAACUCAUUUUAAGUUUAAAUCAUUAGAGAUGCCCUUAGCUUUAAUUUAUAUCAAGUUUCCAUAAUUUCUUCUUUUUUUUAUUCCCGCAGCCUGAAGAAUCUUUUUUCAUAAUUCUAGAUUCUACAGUUUAGGUGUUAUUGGUUUAUAUAUUUUGAUUGAUUUAGAAAUCCAUAUAGUAUUUAUAAAUCCAAGUAAAAUACACAAAUCCAAGUAAAAUACACAAAUCCGGAGGUUUUCCCUCGGAUUU